AAGUUGGAUCAUACUUUUAACUUUUUCUUUCUUUCUUUUUUUGCUUAUUUAUUUAUUUAUUGAAAGGAUUUAUUUCUUUACUAUUCUGGGUUUUUAGCUUUAUGACUAGAUGCCCCAAAUUUUUGAUAAUAGUUUCGAACCUUAUACAUAAAAGAACUUGCUCAUUAAUCUGCAGGAUACCGUUUUGAUUUUCUACAAGAUUCGAUUUUAUUUUGACAAGGUUAGAUUUCUACCUGUGUGAAAAUGCAGCAGAUAUCUUACCACACAAAGAAACUUAACAGAUAUAGCAACCCCCCUCCAUCCUUACUAUAUUGCUUACCACUGUGAUUAUGCAGAGCCACACAAACGUUAUUCCUCUAAAGUUUUAGUGCAUUUCAGUGAAUACAUAAUCUAUGGAAGUCGGUAAUAAGCCUCAUGCUGUAUGCAUUCCAUUGCCAUUGCAAAGCCAUAUAAAGGCAAUGGUUCAGUUAGCUAAACUCCUCCACCACAGAGGUUUUCAUAUUACCUUCGUCAACACAGAGUUCAAUCACAAGCGCUUUCUUAAAUCUCUUGGACCCAACUCUCUUGAUGCCUUGCCUGAUUUUCGCUUUGAAACUAUUCCAGAUGGCCUUCCAAAUUCAGUUGAAAGUGAGACCCAAAACAUCCCUUUGCUUUCUGAUUCCGUCAGAAGAAAUUGCUUGCAUCCGUUUCGUAACAUCCUUAACAAACUAAAUGGAAAUAUGGUUCCCGUGACUUGCAUCGUCUCUGAUGGUUUCCUUACGUUCACCAUCACAGCUGCUGAAGAACUUGGCAUCCCUGUAGUGCAAUUCUUUACUUUGGCUGCAAUAGGAUUCCUGGGAAGUAAACAACUUCCCACUUUGGUGGAAAAAGGACUUGCACCACUCAAAGACGAGAACUGUUUAACAAAUGGAUCUUUGGACAAGGUAAUAGAUUGGAUCCCCGGAAUUAAAGAUAUUCGUCUCAGGGAUCUCCCAAGCUCUUGGAGAACGACAAACCCCGACAACAUCUUGUUUAACUUCACCUUGGAAGCAGUGAAGAGAGUUCAUAAAGCUUCAGCGGUUGUUGUUCAUACUUUUGAUGCCCUGGAGCCAGAUGUUGUAGAUUCUCUCUCUAAGAGUACAUCUCUGCUUCCACCGGUUUAUGCCAUCGGCCCUCUCCAAUUACUUCUCAAUCAGAUACCAGAACACCCUUUGAAGUCCGUGGGGUACAGUCUAUGGAAAGAAGAAACAGAGUGCUUGCUAUGGCUCAACUCUAAGGCGAAAAAUUCAGUUGUUUAUGUCAACUUUGGCAGUUUAGUAGUCAUUAGACCAGAACAUCUUAUUGAGUUUGGCUGGGGACUUGCAAAUAGCAAGCUUCCCUUCUUGUGGGUUAUUAGACCUGAUUUGAUUAUUGGGGAAUCGGCGAUUCUGCCACCUGAGUUUGUGGCUGAAACAGAGGGAAGAUGUCUAAUAGCAAGUUGGUGCCCACAAGAACAAGUGCUUAACCAUCCAUCAGUCGGAGCGUUUUUAACACAUUGCGGUUGGAAUUCGACCAUGGAGAGUAUUUCUGCUGGAGUGCCUAUGCUCUGUUGGCCAUUAAGUGGUGACCAGCCUAUAAACUGUCGCUAUGUUUGCAAUGAGUGGGGCAUCGGCAUGGAGAUCAGUAGUGAUGUGAAGAGAGACGAAGUAGAGAAGCUUGUUAAAGAGUUAAUGGAGGGAGAGAAGGGUAGGAAAAUGAAAAGUAAGGUCAUGGAGUGGAAGAAGCUAGCAGAAAAGGCCAGUGGUCCACUUGGUUCUUCAUCCAUAACCUUAGACAAUUUAGUCAAUGAAGUGCUAUUGAGCAAAGCUAAUGUUGUUCCCAUUUCAUAACCAAAUUUACUGCUAGAGGUUAUUGUCUGAGCAGCAGACUACCCAGACGUUCUCUCUACUACCAUUUUUAAUUUCAAUUUGUUGUAUGUUUUAUAUUGAUCUCAGUGUUCCAUUAUUGUUUAGCUUUGCAAACUUUUGUUGUUCAAAAUAAGGUCUACUGCUUUGGCUUGCCGAGGAAACAAUACUGCUAGAUGUGUAAGUUUUUCUCAGUCUGUUAAGUUUUACGUGUUCAAUUUGUUAUAAAAGUGGUUGAUGAAUUUUGUAACUGGCUGGUUCAGGGAAGAACUAUCAGUUUAUUCAUCAAUCUGGAGGUUCUGGUGCAUACUGUAUCUUUUGUGGAGCAAGUAAACAGGAUCUAAGACUUUUUGUUGUUUGUCCUCACUUUCUCAACAGAAUUUGCUUGUUUGAACUUCCUUCCUCAAGAGUGCCUUAGCAGAUAGUGAGUGAUGUCUGUACAAGUACGUGUUUGCACUAAGUAAUGCCAGCAGAAUUUAAUAAAUAUGAUUUUGUGAAUGGGUUA